UUAGUCCCCACAGUACUGCAUGAUUAUGAAACCAGUGCGGUCAUGUGAUGUCUUCUCUCAUCACCAUCAGGACAAGUUGGAAGCCUGACCUUCCUCUCCAGCAGCAGCAGCACAGUUUGAAGGCAGGAGGGCUGAAGAUCAUAACAACCGAGCAGCGGCAGUGCACUCUACGCAACACUAGGGGCGGAGUUUGACCUCCCAAAUCUCCAUAACAUCACUAAUCCGCGUCGGACAGUCUGGUACAGGCCAAACGGGGGAAAAAAAAAAAAAAAAGACAGGGAGAAAUUUUCCACGGAAACGACACAGUCCUUUACCCUGUGCGCGGCACAAGCCACUGACUUGAGGCUGCACAGAGGAGACUGAAGCCAGCUGCAGCCAGGUUGUUGUCAGGAUUUAAGGAGAAGAAGCAGAAGUGAAGGGACCUCUGACUGACAGCCGGACCGCCCUGCGCCUUCAGCCAGCUGCGCUGUUGAGCUGCCAUUCAAUGUCCAGUAGCUCGAGCCUGAUGCUGCCCUGUGGCUGAUCUCCAACAUGCCGUCCACAAACUGCUGUGGAGGUGCGUGGGGGUGACAUGGAUGGAACCCAGGGCACCAGCUCCCAUGUCCCGACAUGUCCAGCUGCAGCAAGUUUCCCCCCAACUCUGGAGAAAGUAGACGGCAGGAUUCACCUGGCAUCUGGAUCACUGAUCUGCAGGUUCUAACUCCAUGGCAUGGGUGAAGAAGUUCAAGAAACCCACAGGAGGCCUGAAGAAGUCCUACCAGCCGGGGAGCAUGAUGUCCCUCGCACUGACUAAAGGGCUGCUGAACGAGCCCGGGCAGAACAGCUGCUUCCUCAACAGUGCUGUUCAGGUGCUCUGGCAGCUGGACAUCUUCAGGAGAAGUCUGAGGCAGCUCUCAGGUCACUUUUGUCUAGAUGAUGCUUGCAUUUUCUGCUCCUUGAAGAGUAUAUUCAGCCAGUUUCAGCAGAGCAGAGAGCGUGUCCUCCCCUCGGACAGCCUGCGUAACGCCCUAGCUGAAACCUUUAAGAACGAGCAGCGCUUCCAGCUCGGCCUGAUGGACGACGCUGCUGAGUGCUUUGAGAACAUCCUGGAGCGAAUUCAUUUACACAUAGCCUCAGACACGGCGACUGACGCCUGCUCGUCCAAAUCCUGUAUUACCCAUCAGAAGUUCGCCAUGAUGCUUUACGAGCAGUUUGUGUGUCGUUGUUGUGGAGCAUCUUCAGACCCACACCCCUUCACAGAGUUUGUUCAUUAUGUGUCCACCACUUCCUUAUGCCAACAGGUGGAUCGGUUGAUGGGGAAGAACGAGCGGCUCAGGUCCGACAUGUUUGGAGAACUGCUGCAGGCGGCAAACAGCACGGGGGACCUCCGAAGCUGCCCUAGUGACUGCGGUCAGAGCAUCAAGAUCCGCCGUGUUCUCAUGAACUGUCCAGAGAUAGUCACUAUUGGGUUUGUUUGGGACGCAGAGCAGUCUGACCUCAUGGACGAUGUCAUCCGGUCCAUUGGCCCGCGUUUAAACUUGUGUGGGCUUUUUAACCGAGUGACUGAUGAAAAUGCCAAACGCAGCGAGCUUCAUCUGGUGGGGAUGAUCUGUUUUUCGAGUAAACAUUACUCAGCUUUCGCCUAUCACACCAAGUCUUCGAAAUGGAUGUUUUUUGAUGAUGCCACUGUGAAGGAGAUUGGAUCCAAAUGGAAGGAUGUCGCCUCAAAAUGCAUCAGGGGACAUUUCCAGCCGCUUCUGUUAUUCUACACCAAUCCUGAUGGGAGUCCAGUGUCUAAUGAAGAUGCACCAAGACAAACUACCAUGUGUCCUCGCUACAAAGCCCAUGUAAACGGUGAUGGGACCAUGAAACAUCCACUUGGCAGUCCCAAGAACUUUCAGGAACCUUUUAUGGAUUAUUUACAGCGACCAGGUGAAACAUCAAAAAAGGACAGGGGACAUCGAAAAACUGAGCCAUCACAACACAAAGACACAACACAUCUAAGAUCUUCAUCUCCACCAGAGAACGGGCCGAGACCUCCGGCUGAAAAACUAAAAAGUUAUUCACAUUUGGACAAGUCAUCGAACUAUUCAAGCAGAGGAUCUCAGGAGCCACAUGGACCACAGGGCAGUGCACAGAGUGGAGGACAUAACCGGAAGACUAAUGUUUCCCCAGGUCGCUAUGAUCCGGAGAGCUCCCACAAGCACUGGGACAAAGGAAGCCAAAGUAAGUCCAAGUCAACUUGGAGRCCCAUUCGGGAAGUUCUGAAUGUGGACACAGUCCUGAAUGAACUGGAGCAGCGGCGCCAGCAGCAACAAGACAGCCCGCGAUGCAGCAAGUCCUCCUCCCAGGAGAGACCACGCACUGAACACAGAGGAGACAGAGAGCGGGAACAUGCUCGGACCAGAGAGGAUCGGAAACAGAAGUGCUUGAUGACGAUUUAUGAGGACGAGCAGCGCCACGAGACAGAGAGCCACAGCUCCGUCGAGUCAGAAAGCAGGACCAGCCAGCCGAGGUGUAGCAGACUCAAAGGUUGUCCCAAGACUCUGCUGCGUAGUGACACCUGGACCAUUCAGAGAACUGAGUCUGGCUACGAGAGCAGCGAUCGGCUCAGCAGUGGCUCCACCAAUCCUGACUCACCUGGGGUUGAUGGCUUGGGUAUUAAACCGGAUCUGAGGCUAACACCUGAGCUACAUCUGCAAAGCCAGCUGCAUCAAAGAGGAGGAAAUACAAAACCAAGUUUAAUGCCACCCGCCUCUCACAGUGGUAAACAUCAGAUAAAAUCUCAGGGAAACCAAGACCAAGUUUCACUUUCACAUCCAAAAGUCAGUCCAAGUUCAAGACGAAAAUCUAAGUAUUCUUCCAGCACCUCUAGAAAGGCAGCAUCAUCGGAGACAAACUCCAGUGGUUCAGAUAACAGGCAGAGUGAGCACCAGGAGCUGACAAACUGCAGAGGAUACAGCAGUGAAGGGAUGACCCCAAGACAAAUUACCAAAACCAGUAGUUCAGAGUGGAACAGCUCCGAUGAUCUUGUUCUCUCAGAGUCUGAAGACAGAGAAAGCACUUACCUCUCCAGUAACAGUGAGGCUGUCGCCUCUGACUCCCAGUGCCCUCCCAUAGACCUGCUCUACCCCACUAAUGUGACAUCAGAAACUGUCCAAGCGAACAACCAGCGUCAGCUCGGGUCGACCGGGUCGCCUCACCUUCGACCCAGCCAACAGAUCUCUCCCGGUGAAGCCAGCCACUCUGCGUUUCGUCCAAGGAUGCUUCAGGAACACUUCCCCUCAAGUCCCCGCCUCUCAUCAGCAUCCCACGUCAGUCCUCACCGGAGWCCUGACGUUUCAGGCCUCAGGACCUUUUCAGACGCCAGCUCGAAGUCGGGCUCUGACCCAGAGAGGAGUACUCAGUCGUCGUGCGACAGCGAGGACAGACUGACGGGGUGCAGAGGGGAAGAGGCAGCACCAGCUCCAGAGGUUUCUCUGACAACGUACUUUAACGUGGACAACUGUAUGACGGAAACAUACCGCCUCAAGUACCACAACCAGAGACCCCUGGUCCUCUCUGCCACAGUGCCACGGACCACAACAGAGAGUGAGCGCAGAGAGAACAGCCACACACUUCCCAAUGAUGCACACUCACAAGACGUGCCAAAAGCCAGACCUGAAACAAGCCAUAAUAGCAAUAAACCUGCUGCAAAAUGGAAGCCAGUGACGGCCAAAGGACUGGAUGAACGGGGUUUUUUAUGAGCAUUAAGUCGUGUUUACAUGGAUGGACCGCAUAUCUGAAUGCCAAAGAGUUUACCGAAUGGAAGUAUGUCCAGACGCGCCAACAUCUCCAAACUGGCUGGAGCUUAUUUAUGCAAGCUUGUCCUAUAAAUAAAACCUAUUUCUGAUA